ACGCUCGCUCUCACGGCUACCUGCGCCUGCGUCGUCGUCUUCUGUCGCUGUCGCUGCCGCUGCUGAUGUUGCUGCUGCUGCUGCUCAGGUAAACGAGUCGGAGUCGGACUCGUUUUGGCUUCGUCGCGUAUCGUUUUUAGUCAGCGCGCUCGCAUCGACGAGGAUCAGUAUCCUUUUGGCGUUCCGUGUGCGCGGUUGUCUGCCGCUCGUCCUGAAACGAAAUCAAACAAACUCUUAAAUGAACUAACACAAAUCGCGUAGAAUUUGUUAAGUUUUUAUUUUAUGUUUGGACAUUUUGCAAAGAAAAAGUACGUGCAAUAAUUGUUAUAUCGUACUACAACCAAAGUUUACGUGUUGUGAAUAAAUCAGUGUUGUGUUUAAACAAAAUUUCGACGAUCGAUUGGAUUAAAAUACCACUUCUAACUACACUAUUUGGAUUAUUAAACAAAACAAACAAACUAAAAUGGAUUACAAACACGAUAUGAAUUCGGAUGAUGACUUCGACUGCUCCAAUGGCUAUAGCGACGGCUAUAGCAGCAAUGGACGACUCUCUAAUCCCAAUGGGAUGUCCAAAGCUGAGCUCCGAAAGACCAACAAACCUAUUAUGGAAAAACGCCGACGUGCUCGUAUUAAUCACUGUCUAAAUGAGCUGAAAUCUCUGAUUCUAGAAGCUAUGAAAAAAGACCCGGCGCGACAUACCAAACUGGAAAAGGCCGACAUACUCGAGAUGACGGUGAAGCAUUUACAGUCCGUGCAGCGCCAACAGCUCAACAUGGCCAUCCAAAGUGAUCCGACGGUGGUGCACAAGUUCAAGACUGGCUUCGUAGAAUGCGCCGAGGAGGUAAAUCGCUAUGUCAGCCAGAUGGAGGGUGUCGAUUCGGGUGUUCGUCAACGUCUCAGCGCCCAUCUCAACAACUGUGCCAACAGUCUCGAGCAGAUUGGUUCGAUGAGCAACUUCAACAAUGGCUAUCGCGGCCAAUUGCCCCAGGCCAUGUUCCCUGGCUCAGCUGCACCCCUCUUCCCACCACUGCCACAGGACCAGAACAACAACAAUCACAGCAGCAACAAUAGUCGGGAGACUGCGCCAGCCAUUCAGAUGGGAGGACUGCAGUUAAUCCCCUCACGUUUGCCGUCGGGCGAGUUUGCUUUGAUCAUGCCCAACUCGAGCACAACAACGGCGCCUGCUCCGGGCCCAUUUGUCUGGCCAGGAUCGGGAAUGAAUGCAGCCAGUGCAGCGUUGGCCAGCAUUGCGAAUCCCACACAUCUCAGCGACUACACUCAAAGCUUCAGACUGAGUGCAUUCAAUAAGCCCACAGCAACCGCUCAGACGCAACUCCACGCUGGCGGAGCUUCAACCACUGCAGUGACAAAGAACACCACCAGCAGCCCACCACUGAGUCCCAUCUCCUCCGUCUCCAGCCAGAGCCAGGGCGAUGAGUCUCGGGCUGCCUCGCCGGCAAAUGCCGUCCAGGCGGAGCUGUUGCUGGCCAAGCAGCACAGCUUUGCGGGUGUCUUUUCCACGCCACCUCCGACCAGCGCUGAGACAUCGUUUAACACCAGCGGCUCACUGAAUCUGAGUGGAGGCAGUCACGACAGCAGCGCCUCUGCCCACCACACUUCCCACUCUCUGAUGGCGCAUCUGCAGCAGCAGCAGGUGAGCUCCACCAGUGGUCAGGAGAGUUCCACCCUUAAGCGGGAGCGGGAACGUGAGGCUGACCUGGAGCAGGAGCAUGCAGGAGAUUCUAGCGAUUGUUCGUUGUUGGAUGAACCAUCGUCUAAGAAGUUUUUGGCCGCCGCCAUUGAGAAAUCCAGCUCCGCUUGGCGUCCGUGGUGAAUCACGAAAUCACGAAUCUUUACCCUCUAAUGACAAAACAUGUUCUAUGUGUUAAGUUUAUUCCCUCUUUUUAAAAGUUAAUUCAUUUGUUAAUUUAUAUUAUUAUUAUGAUUGUCAUUCAAAGUUUUCUCUCUCGCUUUCUUCAAUUUUAAGUUCAGCUGUGAUUAUUUAUGUGUGUAUAUUUUGUGUAAUUUUUUGUAUAAUUUGUAUUAAUUUUAUAAGCAAUUAUUCAUUACCUAAUAUUAAUAUUAUUAUGUAUUUUAGUCACCUACCAUAUUUGACAUUAUUUUCAUAUUACAAGACGACAAGAAUUUUUAAC